AUGGACUUUGCACCCUACCAGUCCUCCCCUCCGGAGCAUGCCCGAUCGCCGAUAGACUCGCCCCGCACAUCCCUGGAGCGCAGGCCAUGGUCGCCAGCGCGAGGCGGCAACUACUACAACAACAACAACAACAACGCCGCCGCAUCCACGACUUCACCACCGCCUCUGCAGCACCCGCAGCCGCAGCGACAGUGGUCGGGCGGCAUCCCGAGCCCGAGCUACUACCAACAGCAGGGUCUGGGAUCCGGGGCCGGAGGGGAUGGCUACUUUGCAGGGCGCGGCGGCGGGCCCUGGGGCGACAGGGACGGUACGCUGAGCGAGUUCGACACGAGCCUGGGCAUCAGGCUUGACUACGAGGCCUGCCUUGCGUACCUGUUCUUCCCGCCGUUGGGGGCGAUAGUGCUGCUCAUAAUGGAGAGGAAGAGCGAUUAUGUCAGGUUCCAUGCAUGGCAGUCGAGCUUGCUUUUCACCGCCAUUUUUGUCAUUCACUUGAUCUUCUCCUGGUCGAGGUUUCUCAGCUGGGUCUUCUUCAUUGGAGAUCUUGUUCUGAUGGGAUUCCUGACCCUGAAGGCGUAUCGCGAUGCAGACACCCUCGACAGGUACGAGGUUCCAAUAGUCGGUCCGCUGGCAAGCAGGAUUUUGGACGACGAGUAA